AUGGCUGAAAGCAAGCUAGAGAACUUUGAGACUGGAUAUAUAGACAAUGAUGAUCUUGAAUCUGCGAGCAUUUUCCUGUCGGAGGCAGUGAAAACACCUGAUGACCAGUAUAAAUUGGAAGCAUCUAUACUGGCUGCUAAAUCACUUUAUCUUCGUAAAAGUUUCACGGCGUCGGUCGGCCUUCUAAGAAAACUCCAGUUGCCCUCUUUAAAAGUCGAGUAUUUCGCCACUAGGUAUGUUCGACUGAUCAGCGAGGGUUUAGCCCUUAUAGGUUUGUGCGUCGAGGAGUUGGCGCAAAUGGUCAGACGUGAGCUUACUGAAGAUGAGCGAAAAGAAGCACUUUCCCACUAUGAGAUUUGUGGGGAAAUGUGCAUUCGGCAUUUUCAGGAGCUAUACCAGGGUGUACUGGAACAUACAAAUUUUACUUUCCCUAAGGUGGUUUUCAAGGCUAUUCAGCGCCACCUGGCUCUAAUUCAUCAGUCUGGGUAA